CAGAACCAUUUCUUUCUCGCCAUUUCUUCACGCGACUCGGACACAAUGAUUAUACACUUAUUAAUCUGUCAAUCCCCUGAUUUUCUGUGACGACACACAAUAAAAUUACGAAGACGACUUAUGAUGUUGUCCUUUUCACACUUGUUUUUGCUCGCUAUACUCAGACGAAGCAUCCGCUAACUCGCAAUGCUUCGAUAGAUACCAUGGCUUCUUUAGAUCCAGCCCCUGUUCGGAUAUCCAAGAUCGCUGGGCGAUAUCUCAUCUUCGAUUCUGAAGCAGCUGCCUUCUUGCGUCGGAGUGAGAAUAUCAACGGUACUCUUGCCGGAACGGCGCCUCAGCAACCGACUCAGAAUAUCUUUCUCGGUCUUCCAAUUGAACUUCGACCGGAGGAGGCUGAAUCGCUAUUGCAUAAGAAUGUGGCUUAUCUUGUAGACGACGUAGCUGUUCACCAGGCUGUUCUCCACAAUCCCAACACAGAGGCGAGGAGGCUAUACCUCGACUCGCUUAGGACAAGAAAGCAGACAGCACAACAAGUUAUUGCUGAAAAGAAUGCCAAGAGGGUUGCAGAAGGGGCAGUGAAGCGUGGGAAAUCCCGUCUUGUGCCCCCUAGCAAUACAGACGACGACAUCAUCACCACUAGUGAAACUAAACCCGCCGUACAUCAGCAGCAAUCUGCUAUCAAAUCUCUGGGCGUCACCCCGACAUCCAGUGGGUUGCUGAUUUCUCCAGAAGCUGACCGGAUAUACCAGGCCACUAACCCUUUACAAGGCCCUUUGUGUGGCUUUCUGCUUACUUCUGGUUACUAUACGACUCCUGGUCUUCGCUUUGGUGCCAAGUAUAGUGUUUAUCCAGGCGAUCCCUUGAGGUUUCAUGCCCAUUUCAUGGCAAACCAGUAUGAAUGGGAAGAAGAGAUUCCCGUGUUGGAUAUCGUAGCAGGAGGCCGCCUCGCCACAGCUGUGAAGAAGGCGUAUUUGAUAGGGGCACAACAGCCACUAGCGAACGGAUCACGGGAUGACCAAGAGAUGAGAACCUUUAGUAUCGAAUGGGCUGCGAUGUAAAAGCUCAAUAUAAUAGAUGCUGUGCCGAACAUAUCCUGACAAGAUGAUUUGAGUCAAACGUGAAAGUCCUUGACCAUUGUGAAUUCAUGCCACCAACUCC